AUGAUGUCUGUCCUUACCAUACUGCUGCUACUAGCAACAUGUCUCUCUAUGCUGGCCGAUGGCGCGCCAAACAAGAAGAACGACGAAAAGUUUCAAUCUCUUAGCCAACUCCGACCUCAGGGUUUCUCCCCCAACCCGACUAAGAGUACCAGUUACCCAAGCAUGGCUUCCUCCGGUAGCUUGAGGACACCGUUGGGUAAUAGCUUUGCGACGGGCUCAGGAUGGUUCCCUGUACCCUCGGGCACUGCCAACACCGGUAGCAGCUUCGGAAGCAGCGCCGUUGAGCCGUAUCCAACCGAGGGAGCGCCGUAUCAGAACGCUACAUCGCCAUAUACAAAGCAGGGCAAUGGGGAUGGCGAGAAUGGUCAGAGUGGAUCGGGGAAUCAAUGUCCGCCUCAGCAAACGGUUACACUGCCUUCAAAGACGACUACUCUGCCAGCACAAACUGUCACUAUAACCCCAGCUCCGGAGACGAUUACGAUAACUUCUCAGGCGCAGACAGAAACAGUGACGGUCACUGUGACUCCGCAAACGCAGUUAACGACUGUGACAGUAUGGAUGACGGUGACAGCGAACCAGGUUCCUAGCUGUCCGAGUCCCAGUAACGCAUCGAAUCCCCAGAUCGCUCCUGUCCCUGCUCCAAACGCGCAGCUUUCAAACACACCAAUUGCACCAGCCUCUGACAACGCUUCUACGCCUCCCACUGUACCUCCAUUUGUGACUACACCGAAUCUCGUGGUGCCCCUAUCUACAGGCGGUGCGGUUCCAAUCGCAAACGCCACAUUGCCUGUCAUCCCUAAUCUGGGCUCCACUACUGCGACUGGACCAACAACCUUUUCUGCAAAAUAUCAGAGCAGCCCAGUCGCUGAACGAACUUCUCCCUUCGUCUUGCCAAUCAUCACCAGCACCCCAAUCAUAGCCCCAUAUCCCUACCGCAACACUAGCAACCAAACGCUUCCAUUCGGCUCAGGCUCCUCACACGGCUUCAGAGCUACAGGAUCCGGUUUCGCAAAACAGACCGACAGACACUUUUCAAGCUAUUUCCUCUACACGGUCGUCACCGACACACCGAUAAGCACGACCACAAUUGGCUUUUCCUCAACCAGAAAAUAUUUUCCCCUAUCGUCGUUGUUGACACCGCCGUCGCAGGCCAAUGCCACCGUCUUCCCAUCAACAGCUGGACCUACGGCUCCGCCUUCUUCUCCGACAGGAGAAUACUUCCCAGACGAUGGAUCCUCGCUGCUGACGCCGCCGACUCUGGCGAAUGCAACGUCUUCGCCCACGAUGGAGUACUUCCCGGAUGAUGGGUCGAGCCUUCUAACGCCGCCGGCUCAGGCAAAUGCUACGAAUGUUUCACCUUUGGGUGGACCUACGGCUCCCAUGAUUACGCCGGCGAUCGUUGGUUCGUCUCAGGCUUUGGCUGCGGUGGUGGGGUCUAUUAUUACUACUCCCCCUCGUCCUCCGAUAAUACAAUUAAAUACUUCGACCACGAUACCUCCGGUAUCUACACCCAUACCACCACCCUCUCCACCAAUGAUACAGCCAAAUACCUCAAUCUCACUACCAGCAUCUACGUCCAGCUCUCAAAUAUCCCAGCCAAUAACCACCAGCACUUCCCCCCUCUGCACCAACGGCACAACCGCCCAAAACAUGACCACAAACUUCUCCGAAAUCCCACCCAUACCCUCCAUGCCCCUCAUCCUCCAAGGCCUAAACUUCACCACCUUCGCCCCCUUCACCACCACCACCUCCAACUCCACAUCCCCCCUCCCGCCCUCGACCCACCUCCUCGCCCUCUCCGCCUCCGAACCGAAACAAAUCACCCUCGCCCCCGACUCCCUCUCCUUCUCCAUCACAUCCCUCGCCCUCUCGUGCGGCGACACGCCGUCCGAAGUGACGGCGACCUGCACGGUCCAGAUGUUCGGCAUCGGUGCGGCGUCGGGGACGGAGCGGACGGUGGCGGUGCCGGGGCCGGGGAUGCGGACCGUGCGGAUGGAGGAGGGGAGCUGGCGGGGUUUGAGCAGGGUGAGUUUUACGGCGGAGAUGGGGGGCGCGCCGGUGGGGGUCCGGUUGGGUGCCGUGGCGUAUGAGUUGGUCAGCGCCUGCUGA